UGCAUGCUCGUUAUCCCUCUCUCUUCAAGUCUUCAUUUUUGGACUCUGCUCCUUUCUUUUUUCUGUCCUUUUUUUUAAGGGGUGUUAUGGUUGUGUGCAUGGCAUGUUAAAUGUGCCACCUUGAGCUGCUUCAUUCUCUUUUUUUCUAGCUUCAAGGUUCUGAAUUUUGAAGUUUUUCUUCUUUCUCUUGGUUAGAUCUUACCUGGGUUCGUCUUUGUCUCUUUGCUGUUCUGUGAUACUAUUAUCAACAAAUGAGAUCCUUGUCUCUUCGUUGUACUGGUCUUGUUUUCUAUUUUUGGUUGUUGAGGAAAUGAUUUUACUUUUGUGAUUUACGAGCUGUUUGUUGCAUGAUAAGAACUUAUGAUACUUAAACUGAACCUUGUUUUGGUUGAUGAUCUUCUUCUUCAGACUUCAGAGGGCAUGGGAUUGAGUGAUGAUGCCAAACCAGCUAUGGUUUGCACUGCCAAUGAUUUACAUGGUUGGAAGGACUUUCCAAAGGGUCUUAGGGUUCUUCUCCUUGAAAGAGACAGCACUUCUGCUUCUGAGAUAAGAGCCAAACUUGAGGCCAUGGACUAUCACGUUUCUACCUUCUACGAUGAGAAUGAAGCAUUGUCAGAAAUUUCAAAUAGGCUCGAAGGAUUCCAUGUUGCCAUUGUGGAGGUGAGUACAAGUAGCAGCCAGAGAGGCUUUAAAUUUCUUGAGAAUGCCAAGGACUUGCCAACCAUCAUGACUUCAGAUACUCAGUGCUUGAGCACUAUGAUGAAGUGCAUUGCGCUUGGUGCUGUUGAGUUCCUAUGUAAACCACUCUCUGAGGACAAACUCAGAAAUAUUUGGCAGCAUGUGGUUCAUAAGGCAUUCAAUGCUGGGGCAAGUGUCUUGUCCGAAUCACUAAAACCGGUUAAAGAGUCUGUAGAAUCCAUAUUGCAGCUGCAAACAGAAAAUGGACAUCAUGAGAGUAAAAUUUCCAUUGAUUUAGAGAAUAUAUCAAGGUUUAGUGAUAAUUACCAUGAGCAGUCUGCCGGAAGUGAUAAAUAUCCGGCUCCUUCGACACCUCAAUUAAAACAGGGAGCAAGGUUACUGGAUGAUGGUGAUUGCCAAGAGCAUACAAAUUGCUCGAAUGAAAAAGAAAGUGGGGAACAUGAAGGGGAAUCUAAAUCUGUUGAAGCAUCAAGUGAGAAUUUGAAUGAAGGUACUCAACCACAGAAACCUGAAGAGACUCUAAUUAAACAGGAAGAGGAUUUUGUUGCUGAUGGUUCCAAUGGUGAAAGUACUGUUCCUUUGAAUCCUCAUGAUAGAAGGUCUCUCAGAAGCACCAAUGGAAAUAUAACAUCUCCAAAUAAAGCAGUGGUCCUUAGUGAUACAUGUCAAAACAAAGCUAACCGGAAGAAGUUGAAAGUAGACUGGACUCCUGCAUUGCACAAAAAGUUUGUGCAGGCAGUGGAACAACUAGGUAUUGAUCAAGCCAUUCCUUCUCGCGUACUGGAGCUGAUGAAAGUGGAGGGCUUGACUAGGCAUAAUGUGGCAAGCCAUCUUCAGAAAUACAGACUACAUAAGAGACAAAUGAUGCCCAAGGAAGAUCGAAGAUGGCAAAAUCAAAGAGAUACCGUGCGCUGGAAAAGGCCAGUUAUGGCCUAUCCUCCUGUAUAUCCAAUGUGGGGACAAUCCGGAACUCAAACAACCGGUGCACAGUUUUGGGGACCUCCUGGUUAUACCUGGUUGCGGCCUACAGAAAAUUGGCACUGGAAGCCUUUUCCAGGGGUGCAUGUGGAUGCAUGGGGUUGUCCAGUGUUGCCAGCUACUCAAGCUCCUUACCUUUCUUACACUCAACAUAUGGCUGGAUUGCACAAUGGUAAAUCAGCGGAUUAUAGAUAUGGCAUGCCACCAAGUUCAUUUGAGCAUUAUCCGGCAGAUGAAGUUGUUGACAAAGUUGUAAAGGAAGCAAUAAGCAAGCCGUGGCUACCGUUACCCUUGGGCCUCAAGCCUCCUUCCACGGACAGCGUGUUGGCCGAGCUCUCCAGGCAAGGCAUAUCCCCCAUCCCUCUUGACUCCAAGGGCUCUAAACCCUGCUGACAUGUGUAAUCACUCGACAGUCCCCACUAGAUAGGAGAAAUUUUCAAAUGCUCUCAAAAGUAAAAGAUAAAAAAGAAGUAGUAAUAAUAAGAAAAAAAGAUAUUGC